GUUGUCACCGUUGUUACUGUUAUCACUGUUGUCACCAUUGUUACUGUUUUUAUGGUUGUCACUGUUGUCACAAUCGUAACUGUUGUCACCGUGGUCACUGUUGUCAAGGUUAACACUGUUGUCACUGUUCUCACUGUUGUCACAGUUGUAACUGCUGUCACCAUUGUCACAGUUGUCACCGUUGUCACUGUUGUCAUUGUUGUCACUGUUUUCACCAUUGUCAAUGUUGUCACCGUUGUCACUGUUGUCACAGUUGUCACUCUUGUCACCGUUGUCACUGUUGUCACUGUUGUUACUGUUGUCACCGUUGUCACUGUUGUCACAGUUGUCACAACAGUGACAAUAGUGAAAACAACGACAACAGUGGCAACAGUGGCAACACUGACAACGGUGACAACUGUGACAACAGUGACAACGGUGACAACAGUAACAACAGUGACAACAGUGACAACGGUGACAAGAGUGACAACUGUGACAACAGUGACAAUGGUGACAACAGUGAUAACAAUGACAACAGUGACAACGGUGACAACUGUGACAAUGGUGACAGCAGUCACAACUGUGACAGCAGUGUAAACUGUGACAACGGUAACAACAGUGAAAACGGUGACAACAGUGAAAACGGUGAGAACAGUGACAACGGUGACGACAGUGACAAGAGUAGAAACAGUAACAACGGUGACAACUGUGACAACAGUGACAACGGUGACAACCGUGACAACUGUGACAACAGUGACAUUUGUGACAACAGUGACAACGGUGAGAACAGUGUCAACUGUGAGAACGGUGACGACAGUGAAAACGGUGACAAUAGUGAAAACGGUGACCACAGUGACAAUUGUGACAACAGUGAGAACGGUGACAACUGUGACAACAGUGACAACGGUGACAACAGUGACAACUGUGAAAACAGUGACAACGGUGACAACAGUGACAACGGUGACAACAGUGACAACGGUGACCACAGUGACAACUGUGACAACAGUGAGAACGGUGACAACUGUGAC